AGAGCCUUUUGCAAUUCUUUGAUACAUACCAAACCAAGACCAAAGACAAAAAUCACUCAUCCUUUUUUUCGUACACAAUGAAAGGAGAGGGGAAGAACACGAAGUGCCUAGCAUAUGUUGCUAUUUUCAUUGUGUUUCAGAUCAUAGUCAUCACAGCCUUUUCACUUACUGUGAUGAAAAUCAAGGGUCCAAAAGUCAGGUUUGGCACAGUUGCAGCAGAAAAUUUCAGCUCCAUAAGCUCCAACUCUCCAUCUUUGAGUUUGAAUUUGGUAACCAAAUUUGCAGUGAAGAACACAAACUUUGGUCACUUCAAAUAUCCAAACAGCACUGUCACAAUCUACUAUGCAGGACAGGCAAUUGGGUCCGCUGAUAUUCCUAAGGGAAGAGCCAGAGCUCGAUCCACACGAAGAACCGAUGUUGUCAUUAGCAUUAACACAGACAAGCUUUCAGGAUCCACAAACCUUGGCAAUGACAUUAACUCAGGUCUUGUGCCUCUGACUAGUGAGGCUACCUUGAAAGGAAAGGUUGAAUUGAUGAAGAUUAUCAAGAAGAACAAGUCAGGCAAAAUGAGCUGCAGCAUGUCAAUUAAUUUGGCCAACCGUGCUGUCCAGGAUUUGAAGUGCGAGUGAUCAAAAUUUUAUGUGGUUUUGGUUAAUUUUCUUUGUGGUAUUGCACCUUGUUUUUUGUAAUGCCUUUUGGAUUCUUGUGUUAUAUUGAUUAUAAAUUCUUUUAUAUUCAUAUUCAUUUGGAGUUGAGGGUAAUUUAUGCUUUUUUGUGGGGAAUGAAAGGCAACAAAAGCAAGCACAAUUAGAAAAUGUACUUUUUAAAUUAAUUCAAGAUACUUUUUCCUAGUAGAAAAA